AUGGCUCUUCAACUCAGCGACUGCGGUUACGAGAAGAAAGUUGAUUGGGAAGACAGCUUGCUCAAUGACGAACGAGAUGCAUUCCUUGUGGAUGAAUUACAUAAUCUACUCUCUUCUACCCCGCGAAUAAUGGUCAAGCUUUCGAUUAUGUUACUUGCCCUGUCCGGUCUUUUGAAUAUCUUGCUGUUGAUCUUCAUCGGCCAACAAUACUCACAGCGGGGGGCAUCAAACCCUAUUUUUCCCCAUUCAAUCUAUUCGCCCAUUCAAGAGGCACUCCGUUACAAGGAGGUCCUUUUCUCCAGCGGCUUCGGUAACGAACGAACAAAAUAUAUGGGCAACUCUACGGCCGCAGACAAAGCCUGGUACGAACUCUACCCUAGAACGGUACUGCGUAUCCCAAAAGCCUCGGCAGACCAGCUGGUAAAUAAGACGAUCCCCAUUGCAGGUAGCGAGGACCAAUUCCCCGUUCUCAUCAGCGUUUUCCAUGAGCUUCAUUGUCUAGAUUCCAUCCGCCAUCUCUAUUAUGGUCACGUUGAGAGGUUCAGUGAGGACCCAGUGAUCAACAAAGCAAUCCUCGCGCCCGGUCAUAUUGACCAUUGUUUUGACUCACUGCGACAGACCAUUAUGUGCAAUGCUGACAUCUCGCCCAUCCCUUAUCAAUGGGUGGAGUCUAGGGGGAAGGCCUUGGGUUCUCUGGGUGUACUGCACACCUGUAGAGAUUAUGAUGCACUUUUAGAGUGGGCAAUGCAACCAGAACAUGAUAUUGGUGACUGGGAUGAGACCGUUAAGCCCAGUACCAUUCCUUGA